AUGUCUAAAAGGAAAAGCAAAGAAAUCGUAGAAAGCGAAGAGGAGGGAAAUAAUGACGAAUUUGUUGAGGAAGAAACUCCAAAAUCGUCUAAAACCAAAAAACACAAGACGUCAUUUGAUUCUGAUUACGAGGAAGGAGAUCGUGGGGAGACAGCCGAUGGAGAAACAUACUUUAAGUUGGACCAGAAGAAAAGAGUAACAGUACGUAAGUUUAAGCAUAUGGUUCUUGUGGAUAUUAGAGAGUACUUUGAAACUAAUGAGGGAAUGAAACCGACCAAAAAAGAUUUUUCUUUGCCAUCCCUUCCGCUUUUCAACCAAGCAAUAAAACACGUCAAAACCCAAACACAUAAAAAACCUGCAAUAAUAGAUAUUAAUACUAAUAUUUCACAUAGUUAUACAAAACUAGUUCAAGAUGUGGCAACUUUCAAGAAUAAAAUCCUGCAAACUGGUUCAAAAGGAGCUUUUAAAAAGGAUCUAAGAGAAGAAAGAGUCGCGUUUUUGUUUCCAAACGGAUAUGAUCAUGUUGUAUCGCAGUGGUCGAUUUGGGCGGCGGGUGGCAUUGCAGUUCCUAUGAGUCCUCUUCACUCGAACUCUGAGUUAUUGUAUACUAUUCAGGAUUCACAAGCUUCUAUUGUCAUUGCUCAUUCUAAUUUUGAGAAUCGGAUUAAAGAAGUUACUGCACAAACAGGGGUAAAAAAUGUUCUCUUUGUUGAUGGGAACCAGAAUUAUAGCAAUUUUAGGGAUGAUGAGUCGCGUCGUGCAAUGCUUAUCUAUACUAGCGGAACUACAGGGAACCCCAAAGGAGUGGUAUUGACUCAUGCUAAUCUCAAAGCACAAAUCAAAGGUCUGGUAGAAAUGUGGCGGAUUACCGAUAGAGAUAAAUUAUUGCAUGUUUUACCACUGCAUCAUAUUCAUGGAAACAUAUGUGCUCUCGCAUGUUUACUUUACUCGGGCGCUACAGUUGAGAUGUUUCCAAAAUUUGAUGCAACAUCAGUCUGGAAUCGGUUCAUGAGACCUGAACGUGAUUUAACGAUUUUUAUGGCUGUCCCAACGGUUUAUUCAAAACUAGCCGAAGAAUACCACAAAAUGCCCAUUGAAAUGCGAAAAUCUGCUAUGAAUUCAUGCUCGCAAUUUCGUGUAAUGAUUUCCGGCUCGUCGGCACUCCCGUCACCGUUACGCUCUACUUGGGAAGAGAUUAGUGGCGGACAAGUAUUGUUGGAAAGAUACGGAAUGAGUGAAACUGGGAUCACAUUGAGUAGUGGAUAUGAGGUUGAAAAAAGGAUCGAGGGGUGUGUAGGAUUACCUGUGCCUGGAGUCCAAGUUCGAUUGAUUUCAGAAGAAGAGGAAGAUGUUACUAGCGAGAUUGAGAAACCUGGUGAAAUCCAAAUUAAAGGAGAAAAUGUAUUUAAAGAAUACUGGAACCGCCCAGAAGCUACUGAAAACGAGUUUACUAAAGAUGGAUGGUUCAAGACUGGUGAUAUCGCUGUUUGUACAAAUGAUAAUGUCUUUAAAAUACUUGGAAGAGAAAGUGUUGAUAUCAUAAAGUCAGGAGGAUACAAGAUUUCGGCAUUAGAAAUAGAACGAGAACUUUUAUCUCAUCCAGAAAUAAUUGACGCUGCUGUUGUUGGCGUAUAUGAUCCAGUAUGGGGUCAAAGAAUUGGCGCUGUUAUAGUGACUAAAGAUCAUAAUACAAAUAUUUCUCUUGAUCAAUUACGCAAAUUCCUAUCGAUAAGACUAGCAUCCUAUAAACUUCCCACAUUGUUGAAUAAUUUUCAGAAUGCAUUUCCACGUAGUCCAAUUG